CCUGUAUUUUGGUGGCAAUGGGGCUGUUGAGACAUUUUGUUCCAAGAGAGAGUUAGAGUUGCCUUGUGACUUUGGAAAGCAUCUUAGUGAGCGAGAAAAGGUGGAAGAUGGAGGGCCUCCAAUUAGCUUAGUGGAGCAAGUUUAGAAAUUGAAGUGGAAGCUGUAAUGUCAAGCAAAGCAACCCCCCCCUCCUCUUCAGAAAUCACCAUCAUUCCACCCACCCCCUUACGAAAAAAAGGGCAUGAGGAAAAGGUUGUUAAAAAAACAACCAUAAUAUUCACAUCAACAUCAUCAUCAUCAUAUUUUUCUUCCUUUGUUUGGCUUUCUUCUUUUCACUCCCACCACCUACUCCCAAACCCACCACAGAGCAAAGCAAGCUCCACAAUUCCACUAAGAAAUAUUCUUGCUACCAUACCAAGCAGAAAUUAGUAUUAUUAUAUAUUACCAGGCCAGGAAGCUAUUCAAUGGAAUCAUUCAGUCAAACAACUGGAUUCCGGUACAACCUGAAUCCAAACACAACAGGCGGCGAUGAUGCCGAGUUUUCAGGGAUUCUUGACAUCUAUGCUCAUCAUGCUAGGAACCUUCACAACAUAUGCAUCUAUGAAAACCAAGAUGUCUACGCAAAAUUCUCUCUUACUUACAAUCCAGAUGAGACCCUCUCAACUAGGAUCAUCAAUGGAGGUGGCAAGAAUCCAGAAUUCAAUGAAAACUUGAGGAUGAAAAUCACUCAAAUUGAUGCUGUUCUCAAAUGUGAGAUUUGGAUGCUUAGCAGGGCCAGAAACUAUAUGGAAGACCAGCUCUUGGGAUUUACUUUGGUCCCAAUUUCGCAAGUGAUUGGGAAAGGAAAGCUGACUCGAGAUUACAGUCUUUCUUCCACUGACCUCUUCCAUUCCCCAGCUGGAACCGUCCAAUUGACUCUCUCUCUCAUCCCAUCUUUGCCUAUCAAAUUGUCUGCUAACUCAUCCAUAACUUCAGAAGUAGUAUUGCUUGGUCGAAAGAAUUCAGAAGAAGUAAUGUUAGACCCAGUUGAGUAUUCGAGGAUCGAAUUCCCUGAUAUCAAUGCAGUGAGUCAGAAUCAGCAAAUGGUGACUCAGUACUUUGACUUGGCAAAGCACAAGCAUGGUUCUCAAGGACUAGCUGCAUCAUUUCUUCGUCUUGGUGCAUCUCCUGAUCAGGACUAUGAAAUGAUUGUGAGCUCAUCGCCGCCUAAUGAGAGCAUCCACAACUCUGGCUUCUUAAGUUCCACCACAACAAGCUUGAGUGAUGACCGGAACAACAAUUCUGCUGAUUCAGUCGAGCAAAAGAGUCGUGUGGCUUCUGUCACCAGUGGAGUAGCUCAUCAAAAUUUUGCUGCUUGUCCAGACACUCCAACCUCAAGAAAGGGAAUAGAAGCCUCUUCCGGAGAUGAAAAGUCGAGUUUCUUGGGCAAGGAAGAUGAAGAGGAAGAGGAGAUGAAGAAGGAUCAAAAAGUUGGUUCAGGUCAAUUUGGUCAGGUGUAUUCUGCUCCACAUGGGAAUAUGAACUCAGAGGCUGAGCAAUCUGCAAUGCAGCAACAAAUAGUCGACAUGUACAUGAGAAGUAUGCAACAGUUUACUGAGUCUCUGGCAAACAUGAAGCUCCCGAUGGAUCUUGAUAAACCUGAAUGUGAAGACCGUGGUGAAGUGAUUCCGAACAACAACAACUUAGAACUUGAUAAAAAGAAGGAUGGAUCAAGAGUCUUCUAUGGUAGCAGGGCCUUCUUCUGAGUCUGAGUAGUAGCUAAUUGAUUCUGUAAUGCUCUUGAGGGUACAAAUUAGUUUAUUUAGAAACAAGAAUGAGGUUUAAUUAUUGUUAACAUUCUUACUUUCACAGGCUGCAUUGAAUUUCUUAGAAAUUUGUAUAACUGUUAUCCCUUGUUUAUGUGAAUAGCUGCUUCAUAUCCAGGUUUCGUUGUUGCUUUAACUACAACGACCAAUUGUUAAUGUCUGCUAAAUCUGCCUAAUAGUGUGUUAAUGUAAUUUACAUUUGUGUUCUGGAGAGAUUUUGUUGGUUA